GACCAGGUCCUGCCGUGUGCCGCCCUGGCCCCGGCCGAGGGCCUGUGGACCACCUGCAGAGAUGAGCCGGUCCGCUUGAGGAUGGAGGAAUCGGGGCCCGCCGCCGACACCCCCAUCACCGUGCACCAGAUGUUCCUGGAGACGGUCCAGAACUUCGGGGGGUGCCCGGCCAUGGCCUACAAGAAGGACGGCCAGUGGGAGAUCGUCACGUGGACGCGCUACUACCAGUUCUGCAGGGCGGCGGCCAAGAGCUUCAUCAAGCUGGGCCUGGAGCGCUACCACGGGGUGGGCAUCUUGGGCUUUAAUUCCCCCGAGUGGUUCAUCGCUGAUCUGGGCUGCAUCUUCGCCGGGGGUCUGGCGACGGGCAUUUACACCACCAACUCAGCACCUGCCUGCUGCGAAGUUGCCGCCAAUUCGCAGGCUAACAUCAUAGUGGUGGAGAACCAGCAGCAGCUGGACAAAAUCCUACAGGUCAAAGACCAGCUGCCGCAUCUCAAAGCCAUUGUCCAGUAUAAAGGAGAACUCAAGCAGAGGCUGCCCUUCCUCUACUCUUGGUCAGAGUUCAUGAGGCUUGGCGAGGAUGUGCCCGAACAGCAGCUGGACGACUCCAUUGACCGCCUGCGCGCCAACCACUGCUGCACGCUCAUCUUCACGUCGGGCGCCACCGGACCACCCAAGGGCGUCAUGCUCAGCCACGACAAUGUGACCUGGACGGUCCAGCGGGCCGGAGAGGCCGUGGGCCUGCGCUAUGGCGAGGAAUCGGUUAUCAGCUACCUGCCGCUCAGCCAUGUGGCGGCUCAGCUUAAUGACAUGUAUAUCACUAUGAGGUUCGCCGCCGCCACUUAUUUCGCCCAACCUGAUGCCCUCAAGGGCUCCUUGGGGCCCACCUUGAAGGAAGUAAGGCCCACCUCCUUCCUGGGCGUCCCUCGCGUUUGGGAAAAGAUGCAGGAAAAAAUGCAGGAAGCCGGAGCCAAGGCCGGACCCUUCAAGAAGAGCGUUGCCGACUGGGCCAAGGCCACCGGGCUCAUGUACAACUACAGCGCCAUGCACAAGGAGAAUCGCGUGCCGUGGGGCUUCACGCUGGCUAACCAGCUGGUGUUCAAGAAAGUGCGAGCGGCGCUGGGCCUGGACCGCUGUCGAAUACUGUUCACGGGCUCGGCGCCGAUCUCCAAGGAGACCCUGGAAUACUUCAUGAGUCUCAAUAUGCCCCUCAUGGAGCUCUAUGGCAUGAGCGAGAGCUCUGGACCGCACACCAUCUCCACCAACCAGGACUACCUCAUCUCCAGCUGCGGGAAGGUGAUGGAAGGCUGCAAAGUAAAGCUGGACAACCAGGAUGCGGACGGAAACGGCGAGAUCUGCUUCUGGGGCCGUAACAUCUUCAUGGGCUACCUCAAUCUGGACGACAAGACCCGAGAAGCCCUGGACGAAGAUGGCUGGCUGCACUCCGGAGACAUCGGCAAGCUGCAGCGGGACUUCCUCUUCAUCACCGGAAGGAUAAAAGAGCUUCUGAUCACCGCCGGUGGCGAGAACGUGGCGCCGGUGCACAUUGAAAACACCGUCAAGUCGGAGGCGCCCAUCCUCAGCAACGCCAUGCUGAUCGGCGACAGGAAAAAGUUCCUCUCCAUGCUCGUGACGCUCAAAUGCGUGCCGGACGAAGACGGCAAACCCACGGACAAGCUGAGCCCCGAGGCCGUGGCCUUCUGCCGGGAGUUGGGCGUGAGCGCCACCCGAGUGUCAGAAAUCGUCGGGAACAAGGAGCCCGCUGUCUACAAGGCCAUCCAGGAAGCCCUGGAACGUUACAAUGGCGUGGCUGUGUCCAGAGCGCAGAAGGUGCAGAAGUUUGUCAUCUUGGAAAGAGACUUCUCCAUCGGGGGAGGAGAGCUUGGCCCUACCAUGAAGCUCAGGAGGCCAAUCGUGGUCCAGAUGUACCAGGACAAAAUCGACGAGAUGUACGCCGAGUAG